UGACAAGGACAGGAGGUAUGACUAUGACGAUCGCGACAGGCGGAGGGAGAGGCGCAGAGAGGAUGAGGAUAGGCCUGAUCGCAAGCAUCGAUCGGACGGUGCGGACGAUCGCGAGUCAAAGCGCGCUCGAAGGUCAUCCGAGGUUCGUCGUGACGAGGUCGAGGAAGGAGAGAUAUAGUGAUGCAUGCGGAAGCAAAUUUUUCAGACCUUUUAGCAUCAAAGCCAGAAAAGAAAAAAAGAUUAUUAUCACUGUUGACCUUACGCAUCUGCACAAUGGACGCACCUCCUAGCAAAAAGGUCAAGACAGAGAUGCCAACGGCAGGACCCUCUACAGCUCCGGCUGAGAACCCUUAUCUCGCUCAUAUGGCACCUCAUCUUUGCGGCGUGAACGGCACGACCAACGGGAGCAAGGUGAAAAACCCGCUCGAUGGACUGGUACCUAGGCGGGUGUCUGUGGAGCAGGCCAAGGAUAUUAUGGAUGGCGAUCGGAAAGAGCUUCCAGUGUAUCAAAAGAUGCAAGAGUUCUUGACGGUCUUCAGCAAGAACCAGAUCACAGUGAUGGAAGGUCAAACAGGAUCAGGGAAGACAACUCAGAUUCCUCAGUUCGUGUGUUACUCAGAUCUGCCCAUGCUGCGGGGAAAGAUGGUGGCGUGUACGCAGCCACGACGGGUCGCCGCCAUGUCGGUGGCAAAGCGAGUAGCGGAUGAGAUGGAUGUGCAACUCGGGAAACAGGUCGGUUAUUCCAUUCGGUUUGAGGAUAUGACAGAGCCGGGGACCACGUUUCUCAAGUACAUGACGGAUGGAAUGUUGUUGAGAGAAGCCAUGAAUGAUCCAAAGCUUGAGCGAUACUCGACUAUCAUUCUUGACGAGGCUCACGAGAGAACAUUGGCGACGGACAUUCUUAUGGGGCUGUUGAAGGAUAUUGCCCGUAAUCGAGCCGAUCUCAAGAUCAUUGUGAUGUCGGCCACGCUCGAUGUCGCCAAAUUCGCAAAAUACUUUGGAGACACCAACCCGACAGGCGUCGCACCAGUUGUCAAAGUGUCUGGACGGACGUUCCCAGUCGAGACGUUCUUCACUCAGGAGCCAGAGAACGACUAUGUGGAAGCGGCUAUCCGGACCGUCCUGCAUAUACACCAGGCAGAAGACGAAGGAGAUGUGCUGCUGUUCUUGACCGGAGAGGAAGAGAUCGAGGACGCGUGCCGGAAGAUUCGUGCAGAGGGUGAGGAACUCGCAUCGAGAGGGAUGGCAGGGCCACUGUUGGUUCUCCCACUCUACUCGUCUCUGCCGCCUCAGCAACAACAACGCAUCUUCGACCCUGCUCCGCCGGCUCGAGGCGAUCUGCCGGGACGCAAGGUUGUCGUAUCCACCAAUAUUGCCGAGACCUCACUCACAAUCGAUGGAAUCGUUUACAUCCAGAGAUUCUGAGGAGUAAUCUGGCAAACACGGUAUUAGAGUUGAUCAAGCUGGGCAUCAAAGAUC